UUGUCUAUCGGGAGAAACCGGUUAUGUCUCUAACAGACUAUAUGUCAUAUACUGAAGGACUGUUUGGCCUAUGGUUUGGCACAAAUGGCAAAGACUUUGUUAUUUGGAUAAUUGAGAGUCAAUUCUGGACUCUAUCACUACUUAUUAUCAAGUGCCUCAAAUAUAUUGAUGGGAAGUGUGACUAUUGGCGCAAACAAGGCGUACGGACAGCGAGUGUCAGUCUAUGGACACGACUCACGAAACAGUGGUUUGAAUGGCAACGGGAUCUCUACGUCCGUAACGGCAAGUGUUUCGGUGUCUAUGAGUUGGGAAAA